UUAAUUAUAUUUACGGCUGGAGGAAAAGCUGCAAAAUAUUCAGACAAGGCUAAGGCUGAGGCUGAGGCUAAGGCUAAAGCUUUAUCUCUUUCUCAAAAUUUUUUGGCGCCAACUUUUAGCCAAUACGCUAUAAAGACGCAUACCCCGCUAUCUGAAAAAUCAACAAAUUUUACGUGGAUGCGUUGGUCCUACUAUCUAACCGCCGAAGUGCUUGAGUUGACUGGUGAUGCUGCCAAGGAAUUAAAGGUUAAACGUAUUAAAUCUCGUCAUUUGCAAUUGGCAAUUCGUGGAGAUGAAGAACUUGAUAGUCUUAGUAAAGCUGUAAUUUCUGUUGGAGGUGUUAUACCAAAUAUUCAUAAAUCGUUGCUUGGAAAGGAGGAGGAGAACGUUGCCACGUUGUCACAAUCCUAUUCCUUCUAAACUAAAUAUCAUCUAUCAUUAUAACAAUGAAAAUCAGCAUCAAAGUUUGUAUAUUCCAAACAGUACUUUUAAGCGAUAACUUACAA